AUGUCCAAGAAGAUCGUGCUCAAGGUGGACAUCACCGCCGAGCGGUGCAAGGCCGGCGCCAUGAGCGUCGUCGCCAAGCUCCCAGGUAUCAAGUCGAUGGCGGUGGACGGCGAGAAGGGGACGCUGACCGUGGUGGGGGACGUCGACGUGGUGUGCAUUGCGAGCGCGCUGCGGAAGGCCAAGUUCACGGCGGUCGUCGUCAGCGUCGGGCCUGAGGUGGAGGAGAAGAAGCCCGAGCCGGCCAAGAAGCCCGACGAACCAAAGAAGUCUGAAACACCCAAGCCGGCGCCGCCCUGCUGCUGCUCCGGCCCCGGCAAUGCGUGCUGUCCCCGGCCGAUGCCGCCGUACCCUGGCGCGGCCAUCGUGUGCUACGAGGAGGAGCCUGACGGCCAUUGCAUCAUCGUGUGA